AUGUCCCUGAACACGAACCCCCGUCCGAUGGAGGGAGUCCAGGAGAGAGGACACGGAAACGAAGUCGCAUCGUUCAAUUUUGAAGAAAAACGUCAGCAACUAAAUUGGAAACUCAAUCUGGUAUCUCAAGUCCCGACGUUGCUCAUGAAUCGUGGAGAAAAUGGAGCGCUAAAUGUGACGAAUCCGAGAGAGGUGAGUUUCUUGAGCAACAUUUUUAGUUUGUCUUUGUCUUAACUUUGCAGAAAAACUAAAAGCUAUCACCCAAAACUUUCAGGAAGACGACUUUGUUGAUGAUGCAGAGGAUUAUCUGUAUGGAGGUUUCGGGAGUUCUUAA